AUGGCCUUUUUUCAACAUGCUUGGGAGGUCAUCAAAAAUGAGAUUAUCAAUGCCUUGAAGCACUUCCAUCACCACUGUCACAUGGUCAAAUGCAUCAAUGCUUCCUUCAUUUCCUUGAUUCCUAAGAAGAAAGGGGCAAUCGAACUCAAGGAUUACAGACCAAUCAGUCUAAUUAGUAGUGUCUACAAAAUUGCUUCAAAGUUACUUGCAGAAAGACUCAAAACAGUGAUCGGGAAAUUGGUGUCGGGGAGUCAGAAUGCUUUUGUUAGGGGAAGGCAAAUCACAGAUGCAUCACUCAUUGCUAAUGAGGUGGAUAAGGUGGAUAAAGGGACCUGUGGGGUUCUUUUCCCUCAGAGAGGCAUCAGGCAAGGUGAUCCGAUCGCACCCUUUUUGUACAUUUUGGCAAUGGAAGGACUUAGCAAAAUGUUGCAGACAGCUAGCCAUUUGCAAUGGAUUGUGCCAUUUAAGAUAGGAAGGAACCCAGGACCUCAAAUUGAUGUCUCUCACCUGUUAUAUGCAGAUGAUACUUUGAUCUUUUGUGGUGCUGAGAGAUCACAAGUGACAAAGCUUAACCGAACCUUAUUUAUUUUUGAAGCUAUUUCAGGUCUGCAUAUGAACAUGCUUAAGAGCACCAUUUAUCCUGUCAAUGAGGUACCAAAUAUGGAAGAGCUAGCAGAUAUCAUGGGCUGCAAGAUUGGAUCAUUUCCUUCCACUUACUUGGGUCUUCCUUUGGGUGCUAAAUACAAAUCUACUGAAAUCUGGACAGGAAUCAUUGAAAAGUUCGAAAAGAAAUUGGCAACAUGGCAAAUGCAAUAUCUUUCAUUUGGUGGCAGGCUGACACUAAUCAACAGUGUUCUCGACAGCUUACCUACUUACUAUAUGGCACUGUUUCAAAUCCCAACUGGUGUUCUGGAGCAAAUUGACAAGUUAAGGAGAGAUUUUCUUUGGGAAGGCAACAGUGAGGACCACAAAUACCAUCUCGUCAAGUGGGAGAAGGAGAGUCUACCAAAAUUUCAAGGAGGUCUUGGUAUCAAGGACCUUGCAGCUCAUAACAAAAGCAUGAUGAUGAAGUGGCUUUGGAGAUUCAAUCUGGAGGAUGCAGGGUUAUGGAAAGAUGUUGUGAUAGCUAAACAUGGAAUAUUGGAUCACUGGUGCACAAAGGCCUCUACUCUUCCUUAUGGAGUGGGUGUCUGGAAGGGUAUUAGAAGAUUGUGGGACACCUUUGUUCAACAGACUCAUUUUGAAGUGGGCAAUGGCUCACUCUUAAGAUUCUGGAAGGACAAAUGGGUUGGAAGUACCAUCCUUCAGGAUGACUUUCCAAAUUUGUUCAGAAUAGCUCAAGAUCCCAACUCUGUAAUCGCUGCUAACAGAGAAGGGAACAUUUGA